CAAAUCCCGCUGCCUCCGCCCCUACGCUCCUCCACCCCGCGCCCAACCCUAAGAUUCGCCAUUUCAAAAAAGAAAACCCCUAAGAUCCGGCGCUGCGCUCCUCCUCCCGGCGCACCAACCCUAAGAUCCACCGCCCCUGGGCUCCUCCUCCGCGCGCCCCCGCACCGCCAUGGCCACGCGCGACCGUGCCGCCCGCGCGGCGAUGCCCCGCCUCAAGGAGAACGACACCCAGUCCAAGCGCCAGCGCACGGCCGCGGGCACGGCACCGCGCCCGCCGCUCUCCACGGCCUCGCAGAACGCCGCCGCGCCUCCCCCCACGGAGGCCCCCAUCGAGUUCGCCGGGAGGGAAGACGUCGACGCCCUCCUCAACGAGAAGAUUAAGGGCAAAAACAAGAUGGACUACAAGGGAAGGAGUGAGCAGAUGAUCGAGUACAUCAAGAAGCUGCGUGCCUGUAUUAAAUGGUUGCUUGAGCGGGAGGACGCAAACCUUGCUGAAAUCGGGAAACUCAAUGGCCUAAUCGAUGCUGCAGACAAACAUCAUGCUGAAAUUGUGGCUCAGUUGGAGUGCAAAAUCCAAGAAUCCGUCUCAAUGAAAGAGGAGCUUCAGAAACAAUACGCCACUUUAGGAGAGAGCCUAAAGAAAGUGGAAGCUGAACAAAUGGAAUGCCUUCGAUCUUAUGGAGACGAGAAGGAGGCUAGGAUUGCUGCAGAAUCUUCAAGAAAUGAGCUUUCAGAAGAACUCAACAGAGUUAAGUUGGAGCAGAAGCGUCUCAAUGAUCAGAUCAAGAUGCUUCAAGAUACAAAUAAGAGGCUUCAGGAAUACAACACUAGCUUGCAGCAAUAUAAUUGCAACCUCCAAGCUGAUGCAACAAAGAAUGCUGAAACAAUAGAAAAGCUGCAAAAGGAGAAGAAUACUAUGGUUGAAACAAUGAAUGGUUUGAAAGAUCAUUCUAACUCAUUAAAGUUGCAGCUUGAUAUGACAAAGUCUUCACAGAAUGAAGCUUUGAAACAAAAAAAUAAUUUACUGAAUGAGGUUGAAGCUCUUAGAGGUGAAUUACAGCAAGUAAGGGAUGACCGUGAUCAUAAAUCAGCUGAAAUAAAUUCAUUGCUGAGUGACUUGGGUGCGUUCAAGGAACUGACAGGAAAGUCUUCGACAGAAUUAGAGAAUGUCAUGAUACGAUGUGAUUUACUUGAGGAAACUUGUUCAAACCAAAAUGAGCAGAUAAAAACACUGCAAAUUCAACUUGCAUCGGCUAAUGAAAAGUUGAAGAGAUCUAAUUUAACAACUAUGGAGACAAUGAGUGAAUAUGAAAACCAAAAGAGAAUGUUGGAGGACCUACAGUUACGUCUUACAGAAGCUGAGCAAAAAAUUGUGGAUGGGGAGAAGUUGCGGAAGAAACUACAUAACACUAUACUCGAGCUUAAAGGAAACAUUCGCGUUUUCUGCCGAGUCCGGCCUUUAUUGUCAAAUGAAUCCGGAGCUGUUUCUUAUCCAAAUAAUGGAGAAAACAUAGGUCGUGGUGUCGAGUUGAUGCAUAACACACAAGCGUAUUCCUUUGCGUUUGACAAAGUGUUUGAUCAUUCGGCAUCCCAAGAAGAUGUAUUUACUGAAAUUUCUCAGUUGGUUCAAAGUGCACUUGAUGGCUAUAAGGUAUGCAUAUUUGCUUACGGGCAAACUGGUUCUGGUAAGACGCACACUAUGAUGGGAAAUCCUGAGUUCAAUGAUCAGAAAGGGUUAAUACCUAGAUCGCUUGAACAAAUUUUUGAAACUAGUCAAUCUCUUAUGUCACAAGGAUGGAAAUAUAAGAUGCAGGCUUCAAUGCUAGAAAUAUACAAUGAGACUAUACGUGACUUGUUAGCGGCAAGUCGCACAUCCAUCCAAGAUGGUGCUGCUUCGAAAUAUAAUAUCAAACAUGAUUCCAAUGGUAAUACCCAGGUGUCUGACCUCACAAUCGUUGAUGUACGAAGUAUCAACGAAGUUUCUUCUUUGCUCAAGCGGGCUGCACAAAGCAGAUCAGUUGGAAAAACACAAAUGAAUGAAGAAUCAUCUAGAAGUCACUGUGUUUUCACGCUUCGGAUUUUUGGUGUAAAUGAGGGAACUGAUCAACAAGUGCAAGGUGUUCUCAAUUUAAUUGAUCUUGCAGGCAGUGAACGGCUUAACAAAAGUGGUGUCACAGGGGAUAGACUCAAGGAAACCCAGGCUAUUAACAAGAGUUUGUCGUCCUUGAGUGAUGUUAUCUUCUCCAUUGCUAAGAAAGAGGAACACAUUCCAUUCAGGAACUCCAAGCUGACGUAUCUACUCCAGCCAUGCCUGGGUGGAGACUCGAAGACGCUAAUGUUUGUGAAUCUAUCCCCGGAAGUGUCUUCUACAAGCGAGUCUAUUUGCUCGCUUCGUUUUGCUGCUCGGGUGAACUCUUGUGAGAUCGGCGUCCCUCGUCGUCAGACUCAAAUGCGCAGCUUGUCACAAGGAUGAGUCUACGCAGUCAAUUCACUGUCAAAUCCCAUCCCAUCCAUGGGCCAUCAGUAAUGUACGUGUGUUGUUUGUUUGUUGAUAAUUGAGGGAUGCAAUCCAUCAUUUGCACCGCAUUUAGAGGUUGUAUAUUCUCAUUUGCUUUGUUGUUUGUUCUUGCUGAUUAUAUUAACAGUCAGUCAGGUGUGGCGUGCUGACGUUUCCGUUUCAAUCAUCUAAUCUGUAUCGGUGUUUGAUACUCUACUAUAGCGUAGUUGAGCUCUGUAGGUGUACUGGCAUUCAGCCUUUUAUGGCUUGGCUUGUAUUAACUCUCAUGAAUUGCUGGGAAGAAGUAUUCCACUGA